UCUGUCUCAAUUAUUCAGCAUACAUGCACAUUCAGCAUACAUACACUUAUAGUUAUACUGCUCAAUCUUGCGAAUAAAUUACCAAAUAAUGAGUGGUAAUAAACAAAUAGCAGGUGGUGAUGGUGAAUGGUUGCAACAGUCACUGGAAGAUGAUGAUCAAGAAAUUUAUCAAAUAAUCAGAAAUGAGAAAGAACGCCAGAGAUGUGGUCUAGAAUUGAUUGCAUCAGAGAAUUUUGCAAGUGCUGCUGUUCUCCAAGCCCUGGGGUCUUGCUUAAAUAACAAAUACUCUGAAGGAUAUCCAGGUGUGAGGUACUAUGGAGGAGCUGAAUAUAUUGAUGAGAUGGAAAGAUUAUGUCAAAGAAGAGCACUAGAAUUGUUCAAAUUGAAUAAAGAUGAAUGGGCAGUAAAUGUACAGCCAUAUUCUGGAUCACCAGCAAAUUUUGCUGUUUAUACAGCAAUUGUUCAACCACAUGGACGAAUUAUGGGACUUGAUCUUCCUGAUGGGGGCCAUUUAACUCAUGGAUUCUUUACUGAAAAGAAGAAGAUUUCUGCUACUUCCAUAUUUUUUGAAUCAAUGCCUUAUAAGGUUAAUCAGGAAACAGGAUUGAUAGAUUAUGACAAGUUGGCAGAAAAUGCAAAACUAUUCAAACCAAAGAUUAUAAUCGCUGGUGUCAGUUGCUACUCAAGACAUCUUGAUUAUAAACGAAUGAGGGAAAUUGCAGAUGAGAAUAAGGCGUAUCUUAUGGCAGAUAUGGCUCAUAUAAGUGGACUGGUUGCUGCUGGCAUUGUACCUUCACCUUUUGAACAUUGUCAUAUAGUUACUACGACAACACAUAAAACUCUUAGAGGUCCUCGAUCCGGAAUGAUAUUUUGUCGCAAAGGAGUGAAAAGUGUUGAUCCGAAGGGAAAUAAGGAAAUGUAUAAUCUUGAAAAACCAAUCAACGAAGCUGUCUUUCCUGGAUUGCAAGGAGGUCCACAUAAUCAUGCUAUAGCUGGUGUUGCAGUUGCUUUGAAACAGGCCAUGACUGAUAAAUUCAUACAAGAUCAAAAACAGACCAUUGCAAAUGCUCAGCAUAUGGCAAAGUUGCUGGUGGAUCGUGGAUAUAAUGUUGUCACUGGUGGAACAGACAACCAUCUGAUGUUGGUCAACCUUAAAAGCAAGGGGACUGAUGGUAACAGGGCUGACAAAGUGUUGGAAGCAAUAGGAGUUGCAUGCAACAAAAACUCUUGUCCUGGGGAUACUUCUGCAUUACGACCCAGCGGUCUUCGCCUUGGUUCUCCUGCCUUGACAUCAAGAGGAUUCAAAGAAGCAGAUUUUGAUAAAGUUGCCGAUUUCAUAGACAGGGGUAUUCAAUUAACAUUAGAAAUUCAACAAGUUAUUGGACCAAAGGCACCUUUCAAGGAUUUCAAAGAUAAGCUAUACAAAGAUGAAGACAUAUGUGCAAAAGUCAAAUCUCUAAAAGAUGAAGUUGCUUCAUUUGCUUCUGCAUUUCCAAUUCCUGGGUUUCCUUUGCUUUAAUGAUACAGCAUCAAUUGUUACAGUACUCUACCUUAAUAAUUCCUUCCUUUUUACAAUCUUUGCCAAAAUGAUCUUUACUGCAAUCGUGGUUUGUUAAUGUCGAAUGUUGGUUUAGUGGAGAAUGUGUUUUGUUGCCUUUGUGAUUUAUGUUAAUAAAUUUAUUUGAUUAGUUA